CAAGGCGAAGGAGAGUCAACGACGUUGAUUAUGCAGAAAACAAGCAGCUAAAGAGUGCAACAAAACAUACUCGCAUAGCGGUAAAUACUUAUAUGUACAUGCAGUACAUACCGUACAUACGUAUGUAGGAGUAACGUACAUACCGCCGCACUGUGAAACAAGUUUCAACGCCGCAACGCAAAAUAGCUUUCAACAGGCGCUGGCGGUGCGCCAUGAAGUUCAUUAGCCAUUUCGUACGGGAGUCGAGCAGACGCAUUCCUCCAAUCAUCCACAGAAUCCAGAAUCCGGUCCACACAAUCCACACACAGAGCAACGCCGUCGCCGCCGCCGCCACCAGCACCAUGGACACGUCAGUACAUUCAGCGGGUAUAUCAGAGAUCCACCAUGUACCAAUGAGUGUGAUCCAGCGUCCCAUACCCUCCAUAUUGGAUGAGCAGAAAGUGGUCUCGCUAAUGGACACUAUCAAGGGCGAGACCAGCGAGGAGGAGGUGCCACCAAUCGACUUGCUGUGGAUAACGGGUAGUGAAGGCGGCAACUAUUACUUCAGCUUUGGCGGCUGCCACCGGUACGAGGCGUACAAGCGCCUGCAGCGCGAAACCAUAAAAGCCAAACUGGUGCGCUCCACACUGGGCGAUCUCUACCACUACAUGGGCUCCAGUGCGCCAGUAUAUUUGGCCUGAUUCGGCUUGUGGCUUCCACACACAUAUUCCCUUCAUCCCUGUGCAAUGUUUUCCAAUGUUUUCGAUUGUAAAUGCAUUUUUCUGUUUUUGUUAUUA